GUCGUCCUAGGGCGCUCCGACGUCCUCGGAGUCCUGCCCCGCCGCUGCUGAUUGGCUGGACGCGCAGCCAAGGGGGGGAAGUUUGAAUAAAAUACAAGAGCAUGGCUGGCGCCGGCGUCGAGCGCGACUAAAUCGCACGGCUGAUCUCCCAAAAGCGCCUUUUUUUCAAUUUCCAUUCGAGAAAAAAAAUUUAAAAAAAGGACCGGCGUCAAGUAUGAGGGGAAUAAAGAUGACAGCGGUCCGGGCCGCCUCGUCGCUGCUGCCGCUCGUGCUGGUCGUGAUGCAGUCCGGGGCCGGGCUGUGCGCGCGGAGGUCCCGCGGCGGCCGCAACCCGCAACCGCGACGCGCGCCGCCUGCGCCGCCGCCGCCGCCGCCUCCCGCGGCGAGCGGCACCCGGGGCGACGCCGCCGAGAGCUUCCCGCUGGAUUUCACCGCCGUGGAGGAGAACAUGGACAACUUCAUGACCCAAGUGAAGAACCUGGCGCAGUCGCUGUACCCGUGCUCGGCGCAGAAGCUGGACCACGACAUGCGGCUGCACUUUGUGGACAACGCUUCGGUCACGUGCAACGACGGCAGCCCGGCCGGGUAUUACCUGAAAGAAUCCAGAGGAAGCAGACGCUGGUUGAUAUUCCUGGAGGGCGGCUGGUACUGCUUCAACAAAGAGAACUGCGACAGCCGCUACGAGACCAUGAGGAGGCUGAUGAGCUCGUCCAAGUGGCCUCAAAGCAAAACCGGCACCGGCAUCCUGUCUCCGCUGCCGGAGGAAAACCCUCACUGGUGGAACGCCAACAUGGUGUACGUGCCGUACUGCUCCAGCGACGCGUGGAGCGGCGCCGCCGCCAAAACGGAGCAGAGAGGCGGCUACGCUUUUAUGGGCUCGCUGAUCAUUCAAGAGACGGUGAAAGCGCUGCUUCGGAAGGGACUGGACGGCGCCAAGGUUCUGCUGCUGGCCGGGAGCAGUGCCGGCGGGACCGGGGUGCUGCUGAACGUGGACCGCGUGGCGGAGCUCCUGGAGGGUCUGGGCCACGCCGGGAUACACGUGCGCGGCCUGGCCGAUUCCGGCUGGUUCCUGGACAACAAGCAGUACGACUUUACGGACUGCUUGGACGCGCUCAGCUGCGCUCCCACCGAGACCAUCAAGAGAGGCAUCAAGUACUGGGGAGGAGUGGUGCCAGAGAAAUGCAGACAAGCCCACGAGGGAGAAGAGUGGAACUGCUUCUUCGGCUACCGAGUCUUUCCGUCCAUCAAAAGCCCGGUCUUUGUGGUCCAGUGGCUGUUCGACGAGGCCCAGUUGACCGUCGACAACGUUCAGUUGACGGGACAGCCCGUGCAGGAAGGCCAGUGGCGUUACAUCCAAAAUCUGGGCGCGGAGCUGAGGAACACGCUCAAAGACGUGCCAGCCAUGUUCGCCCCGGCGUGCCUCUCGCACGAAGUCAUCACGAGAAGCUACUGGACAGAGGUGCAGGUCAAAGGCACUUCCUUGGCCCGGGCGCUGCACUGCUGGGACCGCAGCCUCCAGGACAACAGGAACAACAAAGCCCCGCCCAAAGGCUGCCCCGUGCAUUUGAUGGACAGCUGCCCGUGGCCGCACUGCAACCCCACCUGCCCCGCCGUCCGAGACCAGUUCACGGGCCAGGAAAUGAACGUCAUCCAGUUCCUCACGCACAUGGGCUUCGACGUGCAGAAGAUGGCCCGGCAGCAGGGCUUGGAGCCCGGCAAGCUCCUGGGCAUGCUGAGCGGCGGCAGCUAAAGGCGCCGCCGGCGCGCCCGCAAACUCAAAGCCCCGAGCGGGGGAUGCGGCCGCCGUCCGUUACCCCAUACCCCCGACCGCUCCCUCCACCUUCGUCUUCCCUCUUACGACAGAUUUCGCCGGCGUACCUCAAAGCGCGAACCGAACCAAACCCAAUCACGCGAGCGGCCGUGGCCCGGGGAGAUUGAUUUGCAGACUCGGAAGAUGCCCGCUACGCUUUUAUUUGUACAAACGCCUUUUGGGGAAUACUAUUCAAGCAUCGUAGCCGGAAAAGAAAACCACCGUGGAGAAAUGCGGCCCGGUCCAAAAUCACCGAGGCGAGACAUCAUCGCUCCGAACGUGGACGCGGAUUGUGGCGGACGUGACCGUAUGCCGCAAUCUUUCUUUGUCUUUUUUAUUUCGUGAGAAAAUCGGCAUCCUUCCCUGUCGACUGAAUUGAACUAGAAAGCGCGGCUGCUCGGUACCCCCGCGGGCCCUUUGGGGUCAUCGGGAUGAGCCACACGCGCACGCCGCAGUGCCAUUUGAUCCAAAGUACCCCACUCGAGGCCCAAAGAACCCUUCGAUCAAUGCAAAGGGAGACAAAUCUUGUGCGUUGAGGACGUUCCGAGUCUUUGUUUAGGUUCUUUCAAGUGCUCCUUGUGUCAACUACAUCAUCAUAGAGAUCAUCUUUGAGGAGACGGGCAACGUUGUACGGACGCGUGUCUUCGGAAGGGCGUAUUUUCCUCACACCGUCCGCAGAAGGAACGCCAUUAUUAAGGAUAUGAUUAUUUUUGCGGGAGAAACGUCAACUACAUGGGCUAUUUGCAUAUUUAUUUUGUUGUGUAAAUCAUAUUUAUAAGUGCUAUUUUUUCCCCCCGCAGAGAAGCGAUUCUUUGUAAAAUUGUAAAUACAUGGCUGGUUUGUCGCCCCCCUUCCCAUGUGUUGACUGCAUGUCUUUGUGUUUGACCAAAAAGAGAAGACACAAUACAUACGUCCAAAGUAGA